AUGGGUGUGGCACACGCGCUUGCGUAUUUGCACCAUGAUUGUGUGCCUGCUAUUAUGCAUGGCGAUGUGAAAGCCAUGAACGUUUUGUUGGGUCCUCAAUUGGAACCUUUCCUUGCUGACUUUGGGCUGGCAAGGCUUGUCAAUAGCAACAGUGAUGAUGCUUCGAAUUCAAAGCAGAGUCAGAGACCUCAUCUUGCUGGCUCUUAUGGAUACAUGGCUCCUGAACAUGCUUCAAUGCAACGAAUCACUGAGAAAAGCGAUGUGUACAGCUUUGGCAUCGUACUUUUGGAGGUCCUGACCGGAAGGCAUCCAUUGGACCCGACAUUGCCAGGAGGUGCACAUCUUGUUCAGUGGGUUCGCCAACACUCACAGGGUAAGCGUGACCCAGCUGACAUUCUUGAUCCAAAGCUAAGAGGGAGGGCUGAUCCUCAGAUGCAUGAAAUGCUGCAAACACUAGCUGUUUCAUUUCUCUGCGUGAGCACCCGUCCCGAUGAUCGUCCAAUGAUGAAGGACGUUGUAGCUAUGCUAAAAGAAAUUCGACAAGUCGAUCCAACAAGGUCGGACCCCGACUUGUUGAAGGGGGGUUUGACACCUCUUCCUCCAACACCACCAACUAGAAAUGUGGUUUCACAAGGAUCCUCUAACUGUUCCUUUGAAUUCUCUGAUGAUUCAGUUUAGCUAAGGUUUGAAGGAGAGACUAUGCAUAGUGUUUAUUUGUGAAUAUUCCACAUGAGAAUUCAUUAGAGCAGGGCAGAGGGAUUACAGAAGCGAUUUUGAUGUAACUUCUCGUCUUUCCAUCCUGUAAGAAAGUGUAUUUUCCAGUCAAUCUGGUUGUUGUAGAUUAAAAUAAUUAAUGCAUUAACAAGGAACUGUAGCCAUAAUAAUAGUUUUGAGCCACCGAAGGUUGAAAUUGGUGGUUUUUGAUGACUCUACCAAUGCAGGUGUUGUCUGUGUCUUGUCUUGGGGGUUGAGUGAUUGUAAGCUUGUGUAGAAGCUGGACCAAUGAUUUGUGCUUUUGGAUUUACCUAAUCAGAAUUUAUUGAAAGGAAUCUCUCUCUCUCUCUCUCUCU